AGAAAUCGAAGCCACGAACAAAUUUCACGAUUGACUAUUGUUUUUAAAGUGAGAGUCGGGAUACAAUCUAGAUCGAACUAGGUUCUAAAAAUAAAAGCUUGCACAAUCCAAACUUCUUCUUUCGGGAAAAUAAUCGAAAAAUUUAUAUACUUUUCACUCCGGUAAGUGAAAAAUUUAAAUAAUGGGAGUCUCAAGUAGCAGUAGUGGUCCGCCGGCUUUGAUCUCUGCGAGCGAACAUGAGGCAGAAAUACCUUCGCAUCCGGAAGAUUGCCCCACGAACGACCGAAGACAAAGAACGUAUGUCGGAACGAGUAUCUAUAAGAGGGAGGAUCACCCACAGUUGCAAGGUCCGAGCCCCUACGCGACCUUGAGGACUGGCGAAUUCUGGGAUCAGAGGCCAACGGCACCCAGCCUAUCGAGUAUGCUGCCUCCCAAACAUGAGACUCUGUUAACGUGCGCCACGAAAAUGACAGGCUGGCAGUCUGCCGAUAGUCACGAUCCCCUAAUGUGUCAACAGAAUAAUGAAAUCGUCGAGCUUUCGCGAAUCAUCUCGCAGCUGGCUAUGGCCAAUCAUCAAUUAGCUAAUGCGCAUAGUGCAGCGCUAGCGCGUAUGGAAGCGUUAUAUUUGGAGUUGUCGAAGGAUAGAGAAAAUCGGAAGCAGAUGAUUUCGACGGAGAAUCGGGAAAUAUGCGAGGAUGUUCCUCUGAAAAGACUGCAGGAUAAAGACGGACAAAUGGAAGAAAUACGAAGACUGGAGCAGCGUGUCGUUAAACUAGAAAAAUUGCUGGCAGCGUGCAAUUUUGAACAGUACAAACAACGAGGCUUGCAAGAAGACAGCAAAUUAUGCUCCAGAACGGAAACGUCGGAGAAUUCUCUGAAGACGCGAGAUACGAAGAACGAGAAUUUCUGUUCGAGAUCCGCGGAAUUGACGGAGCGACGAACGAAUCACUUCGUGAUUGAUGGUAUUAGUGAAGUACCUGAUGAUUGUGGCACGAUCAGGAAGGAAACGAAUGGUCAAAUAUGCUGUAGUGCUCAUUCCGAUAAUUCCGAGACGAAUAUUCCUAGAUUAGACGAAAACUCGUGUUCCGUGAAUGUAGAUUUAGAUAAAGUGCGCAGAAGACGCGCAAGGUUGAGAGAUGACGAACAAGAUUCGAUGAAAAAUUCAGGGAGCGGAGAAAUAUUCAAAUUGUCGGAAGAAAUUGAAAGAUUGAAAGCGGAUCGACUGGAAUUUCAAAGCGCGAACGAAAGACUGCUGCGCAGUCUGACGGAUCAGAAAAAUUUAGCGGAAAAAUUAGGCGUAGAUUUUGAGGAACUGAGAACGCGAUAUGCAACGGUAGAAGCUAAUUUGCAUGAACGCAAACAACAAUACGACGAACUGACGAAACACUUGGAUUGCGCUAAGAAAGAGGUCGAAAGAUUGCUGAAAGAGGUUGAUAUCUUUCAGUCGGAAAAAGACACUGCCGACGCGAAAAUUUCAAUUUUGGAACAAAAUUUGCAAAAAUCAUUGCUCGAGACUGAACGGAUUAAGAACGCGGAAAGCCAAGAGAUAUCAGAAUUGCGGGCACAAUUGUCCGAAGAAGUCUCGGACAAAAUAAAGCAGAUUAAAGCUCUUAAAGACGCUACGCAGGAGAUUCAAAGACUGAAGGAGACUAUGAAGACUGACAGAAGGAACGAGGACGAUGUUGUUUCGAGAGAUGAUAUUGAUUCAAUAGACGACAUACCGGAAAGUGCUUCGAAUCCAAAUUGUGCCUCUGCCAGUAUGGACGAAUUUAGAAAAGAACUAACCAUGAAGAGGGAAGCUAGACAUAGAGCCAUCGCGGCGGUCUCGUCCGAGAUGGAAAGACUUAGAAGAGAAUUGGACGCUGAGAAGGAAGCUCAUUCCGAAACGUCGAGCAUGUUGGCUCAAUUACGUUCCGCUCAUAGCAAUCCGCAAGAUCUUGAUCUUGCGAAUCGCGAUUUUGCGAAGGCUACGAUGAAAGAACGAGAGGAGCACAAGCACGCAGAUGAAAACGAGAAAGCGUUGAAACGCGUGGAAGCGCAACGAUUGACGCGCACCCUAAAGGUGUCCGAUGAGUUGAGGAAUGACGUGCGAUACCAAAUUGAGAAGGUGGACGACCUUCGUUACCACCUGGAGUCCGAUCCAGAGCGUCACCGACAACGCAUUCGCUGCUUGACGGAAGUGACCAGCAAGGCACGCGUGUCUCUCAUUGCACGAGAACGUCAGACCAAUGAGCUGAAGAAUUAUCUGGCUCAACUGUUGGUCAGAUUGGGCGACAGAAGUUUCCUGGAAGUCCAAGAUGACGUGGGAGUCGAAUGCGACCGACAGCUGGAGAAUAUAAACGCGCUGAAAAGCCUCUACAACGAGAGGCUGAGAAUCUUGUCCGAGUUGAAAGAUUCCGCGACCAAGGAGCUGACGGAUGUGAAACAGAAACUGGAAUACACUUUGAAGAAAUCGGAAAACUUGGAGGAGGAGCUUAAAAAAGCUGAAGAAAAGGUCGACGCUCAGGACUCAGAAAUAACAAACUUGGAAUCGCAAUUGGGAUUAACCAAGGCGGAUUGCAGAGAUCUGCAGAAUCAAAUGUCUCUUAUUAAUGGAUUAUUCACGCAGAUGCUGCUCGGAGCUUCUUCUGCGGACAUGGACCUUGAUCGUUUGACUCAGUUGCUACAGGAGAAUCACGAUCUUAUAAGUGACAUAGCCAGGGAAGAAAGUACCGAAGCAGCGGCUCUUCCUAAACUUCUUUUGGAUUUGAUUGAACAAGUCGAAGGCGGUAAAGCAUCCCAGAAACACACGAGUGAAGAGAGUAGUGUAGAAAAUGUCGGCGAAGUUGACAGGAAGGAAGAUGAUCUGCAAGAAGAAGAUAUCGCCCAUAAUUUACCUAAGGUGUGGCGCGUUUUAUUGGAACUACUUAGUUGUCACGCGGUGACCUCUCCGAGCGUUUCCGUUGCGUCCUGUUCGGAUCCGAACAGCUGUUACAAGUCUGUGGAUACUCCGGCCGGCCCAACAUUGGUAAUAUCCGUCAGCAAAACUUAUAUUCGUUUGAAGGAACUGAUUCUCGAGAAGAAGCAUUUGGAAAAGGAGAUGAAUCGCAUGAAGCAGUUGAACACUCAUUUGGAAAGUAAACUGGGCGAACAGGAGAAGAGACUCUCUAUGGUGUCGGUCGAGUUGGCGAAAACAUGGAAUAUCGUCGGCCGGAUGCAGGCGCAGCAUCAGCAGUUGCACACACACGAGGAGAUAUUAAGAUACGAACUGCAAGAGAAGAGGAAAAUGUUGCAGGAAUUGAAGCAGGAGUUGGAAUACUGCAGAGAGAAGUGGGAAUCGGCUAGACAAAAGAACACGAAUACCGAACGGGAAUGGAGAAACUUGCGUCGCGAGUUUGCUGCACGGAAAGCUUUAGCUGCCCAUGAUUCUUUCAAUAGCGCUGAAAGCGGCUUCAGCGACGAGAGAGGUGAUGACACCGACGAAGAAGAAGCGAAUGAGGGACGAAUCAGACAUGGUCCUCGCCGACGGACACGAAAGGAGAGUCCUAGAGCACCGACACCGGACACAGAAUCCGAACAGCCGACAGAUACUGAACUAUCAGAGUCGAAGACUGGUUCCUCGGUGACUUUAGAACAACGCACGCCGACUCCGGAGACCGAGGCGGAAUUGGACGAGGCAGAAAUCACACAUAUUGAUUCAGAACUUAUUAACGCGACGGAAGUUGAUCGCAUUGUGGAAGAUACGCAAGAGAUUCUGGAUCCUUUGGAUCAAGCUCUCACCAAUGUUAUACAAGAUCUUAUAAAAAUUGACGAUAGAGAAUCAGACGAGAAUGUUUCGACUUCACGGGAGAGAAUAACGACACCCUUCAAAGAUUCGUGCGACAAUCUAAUUCCUGAAACCAACGAUACAAAAACUGAUCGAAUGACUACUUCCGAAACGGAUUGCUGCGACAGAAAUCCGCAAUCUUGGACACCGGCUACUGAAUCUCAGUGUUCGUCACCCACUGUGAAGACACUGAAACGAACAGCUACGAGUAUUGACCUAUCUUCGGCGGUAGAUAAUGGUGAAUUGCCCGAAUCAUCGUCAACCGUGAUCAGAAAUUUGUCAGAGCUGCACCACGAUGACGGUGAGAAAAUAAAAUCCGAAAGUGUUUCAUCAUCGCCCGUUUCUGCACCCAUCGCUACUGUUGUGAAUACAAUCGGCACGAUGUCUGUCUUUUCCAUCGGACCUCUUCCUGCAUCUACUGCAUUAUUACCCUCGUCAAAAAGCGUGCAGUUCAGCAAUCCCUUGAUCGUAGGUCCGUCUAAUCGUUUUCUUACUCCAGUGUUCGGCGCAGCCGCGACAGAAGUGGACAAUUUUACGGAUAACUGUACCACCUGCUCGACUACAGUGUCAUCAAGUCACGAAGAGGAGUCGAUAGAAGGUAGGGAUCAACGAUCUUCCAAACCAGUAGAUAACGUCGCAGAUUCCGACAAUAUCUCCGUGGAUUCCUCUUCGAGUUUGGACACGGUUCGAGAAUUUCCUACGGCCGACGUCAGUCCUACGCCUUCGAUUAGAUCGACAUCUAGAGACGAGUUGCGGGAAAGCGCGACAAACUCGCAAACAGAAAUCACAUCGACUAAAUCCCAAACUCCUGAGGAAGUUUUAGCGACACGUGCCGAUCGAUUAAAACGUUUGGAGGAGCAGGCCGAUUGGCUUAUGAAAAAAAUGAACGCUACGAGCAAACGUGGUACCGCUCUCUGCAUAAGACUGGAGGAGCUUCAUGAAGCUUACGGUGAACCACCGGUCCCUCCGCCCAUGCCAGAUGUUUUACCCAACUGUAGGCUGCCAUCUACCCUGCCUAAUCUACCUCGUCAGGUACCUGAAUCAUCAUCCGCUGAGAAUAGCAAGAAUACCGAAAGCGAAACCUCGAGCACAGCAAAAAAUGACACGUCAAGUGCAAAUGAGCCAUGAAGCGCCUAUAAUUCUUUACUCACAAAAGAAAAUUAGUUAAUAUUUAUCUUCAUCCUUUAAACAAAACUAUAAACUAUAAUAUAUAUCCUCUCUGCAAUAUGUAUUUUAUUUGCGAUGUCCCGGAAGUUAAAAUUCAUUUAUCGUAAUAUUAAUACAGCUAAUUAUAAAAUGAGCUGUAUUAAGCUGUGAUCCUAUACUGAUGUUCUCUCUCGAUAUACCUUCAAAUUUAAUUUUAAUAAAGACUUAUUAUUUAUCUA